AUGGAAUUAAAGUUGUCCAACCAGUUUCAAGCGUCUGUGGCGCUACCUGACUGGGAAGUCCUGACAAGGAAGCCAAUCGAUCGUCACAACCAGGACCUUUACUGGGUCGUCGUAUCGAUGAUGUGCGAACACGUUCACCCGUUCAGAAGUAAGAAUUCAGAUUCGUCCAAUGUUUGCUGGUGGAAUAGUGGUAACACGUUCACCUCGCAUAUCAGGUGUCCGGAGUUCAAACCCUUGCACGGCCAUUGGAUGAUGAGAUCCAACAAGAGCGAAACUCGAGUCCAGUGCUUCCUCUCCUUUGGACAGGAGACGACUGUUCAAAACGAGAGUGAUGUGAAACUGAAUAUUACAGUUUCCCUAUGCAAUGUGAAAGGCAUUAAACCAUGCAGUGAAAUGCCUAGAGACACUGAACUGCGAAAUCCACGCGAAUGUAUUAGGAAUGGAAAGACACCGCGCGAGAUGCUGGAGGGUCUCCAAAACCCUGGUGUUCAAAUAGCCUGUGGAGAAAACCUUGUCGAUCUGGAAUAUGCAGACGACAUCGUUCUCAUGUUCGAAGAGGAGGAAAAGGCGCAAAGCGUGCUGUUUUCCAUGCCCAAUUUAGAGUGGCGUAAACAGAGAGGUGGGCAACCCUUGACUUGUCAGAGGAGUAUGAAGGAGAUCAAGAAACGCUUGGGUUCUACUCGCCUUCCAGGAUGGGGACCGCGUGAUCCUCACUGUGCCUGGUUGGAGACACUACAAGAUAUGGCUGCCAACCGAUGUCAGUGGCGUUCUUGUUGUCGGUUUCUGUCCAGAUUGCCUGAGCUUUCAAAUAAGUCAUGGUUGUACGGCAGUGAAGCAUCGGUGUUGAACACUGACGUCAUGCUGUCAAUGAUGAUGAUGAUGAUGCACGAAUGGCUCACAGACUUCCACUGA